AAUCUCUUAAGAGGAUCUGGUCAUCCUUUGGAGGAGAACAACUAAGGCUGCUUUUCGUUCAGAGCGGGCAUGUGUUGCUGAAGCUAAGGUAUAGACGUCUAUACAAUUGGCCUAUUUUGUAUGAGGAGAGGAAAAAUGGCAUCAGGGCCUGGGAACUUCUGUAAUUACCGAAGUAAGACCAGCAUUAAGAGGACAACGGAAGGAAAACUAUAAGGGAAGACAUGCUGCUGACUCUACAAGUGUUCUGCAGUCUGAUUGGCUGGCUGGCCCUCUACCUGGUGUUCUCUCUCAGCCAACGGGGGCCCGAGUGGAACUGUCGCCUGGUGACGUUGACCCACGGGGUCUUCAUCGUGCUAUUAACCGCUUACGUUGUCUUCAUAGACGGACCCUGGCCCUUCACACAUGCAGGUACCGAGAACACUGUCCUCCAGACCCAGGCACUGGCCAUUUGCCUGGGCUACUUCUUCUUCGACAUGGGCUGGUGCCUAUGCUACGGGUCAGAGGGUCCCGUCAUGCUGGCCCACCACGCUGCCAGCAUCAGCGGGAUCCUGCUGGCGCUGACCAUGGGCAAGUCUGGCUGUGAGACAUGCGCGGCCAUCUUCGGUAGCGAACUCACCAAUCCACUGCUGCAGAGCCGCUGGUUCCUGCGCAAGUUGGGGCGCUACGACAGUCUCCUGGGAGACGCGGUGGACGUGCUCUUCAUCGUAUUGUUCGCCACCGUGCGAGUCGGAGUGGGCUCGGUGCUGUUCUACCACGAGAUGGUGUCGCCCAGGCCCGCGCUGGUCACCAAGGUUGGUGGGGUGGUCAUGUACGUGCUGGCCUGGCUCUUCAUGUGGGACAUCGGAAAAUUUGCUUUGAAAAAGAGUCGCGGCAAGUAUAAACGAUGGGCAGAUAGCCAGAGGACAGAUGAAGGCAAGAUGGACGGUUGUUGCUCUCACAAGGGACAAAAGCGCUUGUUGGGCAAAAUUGUGGAAAGUUAAGCUUUAAAUAUAUAUCUUGAGCAUGACUUUUGUUAUUUGAACAGAUAUGUGAAUGUAACAACACACAAUAAAAUGUG